UUUCAAGUACUGUUUUGUUAGACCAAAACUUAAAGAGCCAAACUAAUGAUUGUCUUGAUGAGGAGUCUGAAGAAGAUACAGAUGACGUGUUUGCGAAACCAGACAUUGUAAAAAAGAGAUUUUCUGUUGAUUUUAAAAAAAGUCGCAUAGACUUCAAGCGAUAUUCUAUUGAUUGUGGUAGAAAUGCAGUUACAUUGCAAGAUUUAGCGCAUCUUGAACAAGAAUUAGCCCGCACAAACGUAGACGUGCGUAUUGGCAGGCGUAAAUCCACUGGUAUACUCAAAUCGACAUCCGAUAGUGGGGAAAUUGGUGAAAAAUAUCGAGCGAAACUACCAAAAACAAGUCAAGAAUCUUGUUCAGAUGAUGACGAUGUUUUCGAGAAAGCCUCUGUACCGAGCGAUGCAGAUGGUACCAGGGAACCUCCAGCUACGCCUGUUGGCCGCGAUGAGUUAGCUUUGCGGAGACACCGUUUCUUUUCGGACCUAGUAUGCGCUGCUAGAGGUGCAGUCGAACAUCGUGUACGAUUUGAUCCUCUAGGGCCACUAGUUGCUGAAUCAGGUAGUGAAGUCGAUCAUACAGCGGCAGUUCACAGUCCGGCUGCUGACCUCGAAUCUCUGAUAGAGCGCUUGGAGCGUGUGACUUCCCGCUUGGAGCGACUGCCUGUGCUGCGUGCUCACACGCCUACACCGCCCUGCUCCCCAGCGCCAUCUCCUGCAGGAGUCGCGUCACCGAUCUUUCACACGACAGAAAUCAUAGAAACCGACGACAUGAGCAUCAACGGAUACCAGGACUUGAUGCAGGGUCCCCUGCUCACUUACUUAGAAUUGUCGAAGCAGAUCGGCGGCGACAUCGCUACGCACGCUAACCUCGUUAACGAUGCCUUUCAACAACAGUUUCGUUACAUCCAGCUGGCGGCGGUGCGAUCUAAGCCACUGCAGGCCGAAGAGGUACAACUUCUCGCUCCGACCAGCGAAAAGAUCUCAUCAAUCCAACAAUACCGCGAAAAGAAUCGUGCGUCUCCGUUCUUCAACCACCUCUCCGCCAUAUCCGAGAGCAUCCCCGCUCUCGGGUGGGUAGCCGUGUCCCCUACACCGGCACCGUACGUGAAAGAAAUGAACGACGCCGGACAGUUUUACACGAACCGUGUUCUGAAGGAGUGGAAAGAGAAAGAUAAGACCCAUGUCGACUGGUGCCGCGCAUGGGUGCAGUUGCUGUCGGAUUUGCAAGCGUAUGUAAAGCAGUAUCACACUACAGGACUCGUGUGGGCCGGUAAGAGUGCUGGUGCCCCGCCCCCUCCCCCCGGCGGUCUGCCGCCACCGCCGCCCGCGCUGCCCGACGUGGACUUCGCGAACAUGGCCGCCGACGACCGAAGCGCGCUCUUCGCAGAGAUCAACAAGGGGGAGGCCAUCACCAAUACCCUGCGUAAGGUUACAUCGGACAUGCAGACUCAUAAGAACCCUCAGCUACGGCAAGGCCCAGCUCCCUUCAAGGCGGCCGCCCCGAAGGUCCCCACGAAGGCGCUGCCGACGCCCGGCGCUGGCGUGCUACCGGACAAGCCACCGGUCUUCUCGAGGGAUGGCAAGAAGUGGAUCAUUGAAUACCAAAAGGGCAAUUCUAAUCUAGUCGUUGAGAACGCCGAAAUGAACAAUGUGGUUUACAUGUUCCGUUGCCGCGACUCCGCGCUCACCGUCCGCGGCAAGAUCAACGGCGUCGUGCUCGACUCGUGCACCAAGUGCGCCGUCGUCUUCGACAACCUCGUGUCUAGCGUCGAGUUCGUCAACUGCCAGUCCGUGCAGAUGCAGGUGCUGGGUAAGGUGCCAACUAUCUCGAUCGACAAGACGGAUGGCUGCCAGAUCUACCUUUCGGAGGAGUCGGCCGCUGUGGAGAUCGUUUCCUCCAAGUCCUCAGAGAUGAAUGUUCUCGUGCCGAACGGCAGCGGCGACUAUACGGAGUAUCCCAUACCGGAGCAAUUCAAGACCGUGCUGAACAAGCCGCCCACCGGGCUCACUACGACGCCCGUCGAGAACAAAGGCUAAAUCUCAAGGAUCAUUACAGUGCGCCGGGAACUCGCUACACUUUAUUUUAUUCCUCAAACCGCCAACACGGCCCACACAGCGAGCGCUGCCGCGAGGCGCGUUCGUUUCAAUAGGCAAGCUGCACGUACACACGGCGCGGGUUAGACCUCUUACUUCACCCGAUAAAACUCCGCCUCGAGUUGGAACCAAAUGCACAAAAUUCUCCUUGUGGAUAAACUAACGUUACGAUGAGACUUCCCGGUCAACCUGAUCAGUCUAAUUUUUGAUUCGUAAAUAAUUUCUUGCUCAUUUUUCUCGAUCCUAGAAAUAUAAGAUAUCAAAUAUGACGUAGAAAUAACUAUCAUUCAAGUAUUUACUGGCCUUUAUGUGAAUAUUAAGAUGUUCCUCGCUUAUUCGUGUUUUAAUAUUUUUCUUUUAGAGUUCGGACGGAGUCAGCUCGGAGUACCGCUCGGUACGGGACUAGUGUUAGGCUAAUUAAGGAGUGUGAAUGUCUCGAAAUUUUUAAUUAGGAAGUUUCAUUUUUCAAUUUGACUAUUUGUAACUGAAUAGAGUGAUUAUAAAACCCCGAAAAUACGUCGUUCGUCGGAGCUUUCUCUAACAUUACUUUCUAAGUAACUGUUUUAAUUAAUAUUAAUUUUAUAUGAUCGUUCUCAGAUAAUGUUUUAUAACAGGACAUCUGCUACAUUUUUUUUUUAAUUUGAUUAAUGUAAUAAUUAAUAAUUGUAUUAAUGGAAGUAUUAUAAUAAGAAGCGAUUGUUAAUCAGUCUGUGUUUCGUAAUCAUUAUGACAUCGAUAAUAAGAAUUGUAAUUAUUUAUUAUGCCAUUCUUAUUUUGAAAUAUUUUAAUUUAUUUGUGGAAAGAUUAAAAUAAUUUUUAAGUGUAAA